CGUAGAUGAAUGAUGACCUUGCCUUUGCCCAUCCACACUACCAUCGUCCCUGGCAAUCCGCGUCCGCGUGCUUUGCAAGUUGCUGGGCAAGACUGAGAUACCACUCACGCGAUCCUCGCAUUGCUACCAGCAGGCUGAGAUGGCGGCUCUUCGAGCACUGGUGGACCGGUCAGCUCAGCAGCCUCCACUGGAUGGCAAACACGAUGCGUUCUUCUACGGCACACUGAUCCAUCCCGCUGUGCUGAGACGGAUCAUAGGUCGCGCGUGUGACCUGCCCGUUUCCCUCGCCAUACUUCCCGGCUACACGGCUCAAAGGGUGCAUCAUGCCGAGUACCCAGCCCUAGUGUCUUUGCCCGACUUACCAGACCUGCUCGCCAAAAGCGACAGGAACUCGCACAGCUACACCAGGGGCGUCUUGGUCAAGGGCCUCAGCGCUGCCGAUGUACUAGCACUGGACACUUUUGAGGGAGACGAGUACGCGAGGACGGCUGUGGAGCUUAUAGACCUGGGAAACCCUCAAGCCAAUGACGAGCGACUUCUGGAAUCCUUGCCGACUCUGUUCGAGCAUCUGACUCCCGAGAGAGUCAUACCACUCAUCGCGCAGCAUCGAGAAGCUCUGAGGAAUGUGAGAAAGGGCUCCGCACAGGGGGCUGAAAGUGUGCCAACGAUAGGGACGAUGACUAUAGCGCACACAUACGUGUGGAGGGGCGACCCGGCUAGCGAGAAUGCUUGGGAGUGGGAGACCUUUGUGAAGCAACACGCCCAUCGCUGGGUCAGCGGCGAACGAAAUUGAUGGGAGCAGCUACUGUUCACGAUAGCCGUCAGAAAGUAUCUCCUCGCAUGUGCUCGAGGGCACCACAUCGCCUGCUGAGCGUGAUUCGUCCGUGUCUGCCAGACCUUAAUGGGGCAAAACCUGCCAGCAUACGCUACACAUCCGCUCUCAAGGCGCAUGCCAUCACUGCCCCGCCACACGGCUUGAGCAAACAUCGAAGAUGGUGGACAUUGUGUAAGAUGCCCUUGCAGGCUUCCAAUGAAAUGUCUGUUCCGAGAUCU